AUGGAUGCUGGUCCUGCAGAGAUAGGAACCAUCACGGCUGUAUCUUUCCCAAGUGAAAUUCCUUUUUGGAUUAAGAUCAAUGAUCUACCAACUCACUUUGGGACCUACAACAAUCUUAAAGCAAUAGGGAGCUCCUUAGGGAGAUACUUGGACCAAGAUACCAAGGAGAGACGUAUUCAAGUCGGCCUUCAAGCCUACAAGCCCCUUGUUAUGAAGGAUUAUGUACACUUCAAGACGGGAGGAGAAAAAGCUCCGGUUGAAUUCGACUACGAGCAUCUUGAAAAACAUUGUUUUGUUUGCUUUGCUCUUACGUACGAAGAAAAAGAUUACCCUAAAGUUUCAAAGGAUAAACGCUCUUCCCUUCAAGCAUGGAGAUAA